AUGAGGACUUUCAUGCCUUCAUUUAUGGUUCUCCUGCUUUGCCAUCUUUGCAGGGCCCAAAUAAACAGCAGUAACAAUGAUUCUGAUGAUGAGACAGAUUUGGCUGGCACACAGAGGCCCAGCAUUGAGGGAAGUGAAGACGAUCAGGUGCUUCAGACUGACAUCUGGGUUGAGCUGUUGGCUCUGAGAGACUUGGUGGUGGAGCAAAGUGUAGAGCUUAGAUACUUGAAAGACAGAGUGACAGUUCUGGAUAGCCUGGUGGAGGCCUUACAGAAAGAAAAUACAGUCAUGGAGGCCAGGAUGACUGCAGCUGAGAUCCUGGUUGAAGAACUGCAGAUAAAGAAUGAUGCACAAGCUAGAGAGCUUGCAAUAGCUCGGCAGGAUCUCGGCGCUAUCCAGGAAACACUGACAGUCUGUGAACUUCACGUGGAGGAGGUGGAGAAACAGCAGGAAGCUCAAGCUAGAGAGCUUGCAGCUAUCAGGCAGACGCUGACAGUCAGUGAACUUCGUGUGGAAAUGCUGGAGAAACAGCGGGAAGUAGUGAAGGUGGCUUUUUCUGCCUCCCUCCUGGAAUCUGGUGAAGGUAACAUUGAAUAUGGCUCUGAAUUUGCAACACUCAUCUUCAGAAAUGUCUUUACCAACACUGGAAACCACUACAACCCAAACACAGGUUAUUUCACUGCACCAGUAAGAGGAGUCUGCUACUUUAGAUUUACUGGUCAUAUAGCGCACUAUGAGAAAAAUAUGAGGAUGAGACUUGUCAAAAAUUCUGAUGCCAUGGUUUUCAUUGGGGACUGUCAAACCACAACCACCGAUCCUGAGGACAAUGCAUCCAAUGGUGUGGUGUUGCAGUUAGAAGUGGGAGAUGUUGUUUCAGUACAACUGUCUGGUAGUGUUUGGGAUGACCAGUACCACAGAACAACUUUUAGUGGCUUUCUGCUCUUUCCUUUGUAA